CUUUAAACCAAACUUUCUGCUUCCUCCUUUUGCUGUUGCCAUAAAUUCGAGGACAUCUGACAUACUGCUAUGUUAUUCAAGUCACUGUUGGCGAGUGCCUGCACUCUCGGUGUGUUUGGAGCUGCUACGUAUAAAUUUGCUCCGUUUAGGGUACAAGCAGCCCUCCUCCAUUCAAUUGAAAGAAAAUCUUCCAUAGUGGAACAAACUGCCAUGAAGAUUGAACUAAUUCCAGCACUCUCGGAUAAUUAUAUGUACCUUCUGAUUGAUGAAGAUACGAAAGAAGCAGCCAUUGUUGAUCCUGUGGAGCCAGUAAAGGUUGUAGAAGCAGUGAAAAAGCAUGGCGUGAAACUGAAAACUGUCUUGACCACUCAUCAUCACUGGGACCAUGCAGGUGGGAAUGAAAAAAUGGUCAAACUGGUUCCUGGACUGACCGUCUAUGGAGGGGAUGACAGGGUGGAUGCCCUGACCAGUAAAGUUAAACAUAACAACACAUUCAAGGUUGGUUCGCUUAACGUUAAAUGCUUGUUCACUCCGUGCCACACUACUGGGCACAUCUGCUACUAUGUGACCAAGGACAACAGCUCUGAACCGCCAGCUGUCUUCACAGGUGACACUCUGUUUGUUGCUGGUUGUGGGAAGUUCUUUGAGGGUACUGCUGAGCAGAUGUACAAAGCACUGAUUGAGAUUCUUGGUCAGCUCCCUCCUGAAACGCAUGUAUUCUGUGGUCAUGAAUACACCGUGAACAACCUGAAGUUUGCACGCCAUGUUGAACCAGAUAAUGAAGUCAUUCGGAAGAAGCUCGCCUGGGCCAAGGAAAAAUGCUCAAACGGAGAACCAACCGUCCCCUCAACUGUGGCUGAUGAAUUCAGGUUUAACCCAUUUAUGAGAGUACGAGAGAAAACAGUCCAGGACCAUGCGAAGACAAACGACCCCAUUGAGGCAAUGCAAAGCAUUCGAAAGGAAAAAGACAACUUCCGCGUCCCGAAGAACUAAAAAGAACCAAUGACCCCGCUCCAGAAGCCUUCCACGCUACAGUCCAUGCUGUUACUACCAUAGACAUAUAUAGAUGUCUAUGGUUACUACCACACUACUUACCAGAGAGUACCUUCAAAGAGCCACUGCUGAAAAAUGUCACCCAAUAACAAAGCCGUUUUAGUUCACUUUAUUUCCUUUUGAAAUUUUGUAUAUCUGUGGCAUCACUGGUAUUUGAAACAUGAUUUGGUUCAUGUGACGUGUACAGAAUGAUGUUAUCUGUAAAUGUACAGUAUAACAUAAAAGAUAUUUUAAUAUUGCUGAGUUCUUAAAAUUGGCAACCCUGGGUAGCCAUGUGAAAUGUUAUAAAAUGACAAGAAAAGCAGGGAACACUUUAAUUUUGAGGAAUGUAGGCUAUAGGCCUAACUUCUGCUAUUUGUGUGUAGAGCAAUAGUUUUGUGAUACUAUUUUAUUUAUGUAAAUCUGUUAUUAUAGGAUAUGCUGUUUUAAUGUGGAUUAUCUAAAGACAUUGCAAUAUAUUAUUUCAUAUAUCAUGAUUUGCUUUGAAGAGAUAUAGAUAACAUUCUUUAUCUGUUUUCUGGUCACUAACAAAAUUAAUUUCGAACAUGUUAUCCAGCAGACUUUGCACUUUGUGUUCUCAAAUGUUGCUUGUCCACAUUUUAAACGACAUAUAGCGUAUAUAAAAAUGUUCAGCACAACA